AUGACUGCCCCUUUAGCAAUAAUAAUCUAUGCUUUCCUAGCAACAAUACUCUCCUCAAUCCUUUUAGCCCUUGCUUACAAAUUGUGGUGGGCCCCACUCCAUAUCCAACACAAACUUGGGUCCCAAGGAAUCAAAGGCCCCUCUUACAAGUUCUUGCAUGGCUCCACAAAGGAGCUCAUGAGCAUCAAGAAGAUGCAGGGCUCCCAAAAACCCGUCGAUUUAUCGUCACACGAUAUUUUUCCCGCAAUCUUGCCUCAUUUCUACUUGUGGAUGAAAUUAUACGGGAACAAUUUUCUUCACUGGAUUGGUACACAGCCUCACAUUGUAGUUACUGAGCCUGAUUUGAUUAAAGAAAUUCUUAUCAACAAAGAAGGAUUUUACCCAAAGACCAAAAUAAGAAGUUUCAUGAAGAAAUUGUUUGGAGAUGGGAUUGUUAUUACAGAAGGUGACAAAUGGUUUAAGCUUAGAAAAUUGGCUAAUCAUGCUUUCCAUGGAGACUGUCUCAAGGAUAUGGUUCCAGCCAUGAUUGCUAGUGUUGAAGCUAUGCUAGAAAAAUGGAGAAGUUACGAUGGUAAAGAAAUCGAGGUUUGCAGUGAUUUUAAGGUUCUUACAUCAGAAGUGAUUUCGAGGACAGCUUUCGGAAGCAGUUAUGUUGAGGGGAGGAAGAUAUUCGAAAUGCUCUCGAAUUUGUACGUCUUGAUUUCUAGAAACAUGCACACAGUCAGAUUUUUCGGCAUCGGAAAGUUCAUAAGAACACAGGACGACAUUGAAGCUGACAGAGUCGAGAAGCUAAUUCACGACUCCAUCAUGGAACUCGUGAAUAAGAGACGGGACGAGGUGAAAACGGGCCGGGCCCAAAACUUUGGAAACGAUUUUCUUGGGUCACUCUUGAAAUCUCACGACGAUAUGGGCUUGGAGAGCCCGAUAUCGGCUGCUGAAAUAAUCGACGAAUGUAAAACGUUCUAUUUUGCCGGGCAAGAAACGACUUACAAUUUACUGUCGUGGAGUGUUUUGCUUCUUGCGAUCCACACGGACUGGCAAGAGAAAGCGAGAAAUGAGGUGCUCGAGUUGUUCGGACGGAAAAAACCAAACUCAGAAGGCCUUGCCCGAUUGAAGAUAGUGAACAUGAUUAUAUACGAAACGUUGAGGCUAUACAGUCCCGUGACGAAUAUCACUCGAAGGACGAACACAAAGGUCAAAUUAGGAAAAUACGAAAUUCCGGCUAACGUAAACCUGUCGAUUCCACCUCUUGCCCUGCACAGAAACCCAGAAAUAUGGGGGCAAGACGCUCAUCUUUUCAGGCCCGAGAGAUUUUCCGAGGGUUUAGCUAAAGCGACCAACGGCAAUGCGAUAGCCUUCCUAGGAUUCGGUUUUGGACCUCGGAUUUGUGUCGGUAUGAAUUUCGCGAGUAACGAGGCCAAAAUCGCGCUUGCGAUGAUUCUCCAACGUUACGAGUUUACGCUCUCGGGAGAUUACGUGCACUCGCCCGAUAUAUUCCUCACAACACAGCCAAAACAUGGAGUUAAGAUUUUGCUACAACCUUUGUAA